UCGAAAUAAUGACAGAUGUGAAAGAAAUGAAAUCAUAUGUCUUUUUAAAUGAUGACAGGGAAAAGUUGCAUGGGGGUAUCCUGUAGGAGGAGUUUUUUGUGACCAAACAAGUAACGGAUUUUCCCUUAUAAAAAAGGAAAUUGAGCCCCGACCGCUCAAUGAACAGCAUUACUCGGGCACCCCGAUGCACAGGUCCUAGUGUAAGAAGAUGUGUUGUCACACAUAAUCAAGAACCGGUAUCUUUUGUCAGUCGGCAAGCUCUUAUUUUGGUACAUCCUUAGAGCACCUUUAAUAAGACACGUGCUUGUGAGCACUUACUGACAACAAACACUCCUUAAACAGUGGGUUCCCUGCUUUCCUGCCAGCCCAUCCCAAGCUUCAUGGGUUGAACCACCAGAAGUUCGACGCUCUCCUCUCCAUUCUCUCCUCCUCUUCAUCCUCUCAACAACCCCUCAGCCCCCCCCUCCACCCUGCAGCCCAGCUCUGUCUACUCCCUUUGCCACUACUACCACCAGUGUGAUGGCUUGUUAUGCCUCGAGCUUGUUUGGACUUGCAACCGCAGCAUCACCCUCCUCUACACAGACUUGCGGACGCAGCAGCCACUAGAGUGAAAGAUACAGAGAGACAGAGGAGGGGGGGUGAAGGGAGAGACAGACAGAGAAAGAGAGCAGUACCACUUUAGAGAGGAGGGAUCAUCUGUCCCAGCAGCAGAGGGAUCCACCUGUCCCACAGAGGAAGGGGGCCCCCCCACCUGAUCCAUCUGGUUGCAGGGGGGGACCGUGCGUGGCCGGGAAGGCAACAGGGACUAUGCAGCUGGGACUGGUGGCGCUGGCAAUGAUCUUCCUCAGCUCCAUGGGUUAUAGCGAUGCUCUCAAGCUUUCCAAGGCGAGAAGGCAGAGACGGGUUAGUACUGAGGGGCCACCAUCUUGCCCCAAAGGCUGUGACCGAUGCUCUGAGUAUAAUGGCUGCAUCAAAUGUAAGCCCAAGCUUUUCAUCUUCCUGGAACGCAAUGACAUCCGUCAGAUAGGCGUGUGCCUCGCCUCCUGCCCCGUGGGAUACUUUGGGAUGAGGAACCCCGAAGGGAACAACAGAUGCACCCAAUGUAAAAUAGACAACUGUGAAGCAUGUUUCAAUCGCAAUUUUUGCACAAAAUGUAAGGAGGGCUUGUAUUCACACAGCGGGCGAUGUUAUGUAAGCUGCCCUCCAGGCCAGUUCACCGCCAACGAUACCAUGGAGUGUGUCGGUCCGCGUGCUUCAGGGUGCGAACUCACUGAGUGGAGCCAGUGGGGUUCCUGCAUGAAGAAGAACAAAACAUGUGGAUUUAAGAAAGGCACGCAGUCUCGGGUUCGUUCACCCCUUCCACAGGUCCACAGCCCAGACACCUCCCCGGCCUUUGUACCCUCACAGACCUGCCUUACGAUGACAGAGAGAAGGAAGUGCGUUGUGACCAAGAUGCCCUGUGCCAGAGAGAGGAAGAAUAAGGGAGACCAACAAGAUGAUACAAACAACAGAGAGAGGGAGAAUGCACGUGGGCGAGGACGAGAUGGCAGUAGAGGAGGUGGAGGAGGAGGUGGCGGCGGCGGCGGCGGUGGUGGUGGUGGUGGUGGGAAGAGGAGAAAAGGCCAGAGCAGGACAACCACUGCUCCUAGCAUCACAACCAGCACUGUCACCUAAACUUCAGUGCCUGCUGGGUGGGGGUGAGAGAAAAGCAGAGACAGUGCCUCACCCAGCAGUGCCAGCCAUAGACAAAGAUCAGAGUGUUGAAGGAAUGGAUUAAUGCUGCUAUGCGUUGUAGAAGAUGCAAAGAGAACUGGAGGAUUGCUGCAACACAAAAGGCUUUCCAGAGCUUUUUGAAUAGAUGAACCUAAUCUGGAAGAGACUUAGUGGUACUUUGAAAGACUUGUUGAUUUUCAUUCCACUGUGAGCGAUCACUGUUGGAGAAGCAAAGCCACGGUGAAGAUUGUGGUUCAGCAUGGUUCGUAUCAUGAACCGAUCUAUGUCACUUAUUGAACUAGGAACAGAUCCUGAGUUUUAAAUGCAGCAUUAAAGCUGGAAACAAAAGCUGGUCUGAUAAUGAAUGAAGGGCCUCUUCAGCCCUCUCCGGUUUAUGAUGUAUUUUGUUCCAGUCUGAUUUUAAUCACAAUCUGUUCUUCAUUUGUUGUUGUGUUUGUGAGAAGUGACAGAAGGAUUUUCUCAUCAGCCGCUGUACGUGAUGUAAAGACAGUGAAUAGUAUUAAGUCUGUACCUUUAUUUCCUAUUGUGGGAUGAAACAAAAAGAAAAGGCACUGGAAAUCAUUUGUGGUUGGUGAGGACAGAAGGUCUUCUAUAUAUUAUGUUGAUGAGGAAGUGUAUUACAAAACGAGCCUAAGAGAAAUGUACAGGGGGAGUACUGGGAGCUCAGCUCAUAUCCUUCUCUGGUGUCUUGACACAGAUUUUUGCCAUUUGAUAGUGUGGUUGUUUGUCUCAAAUUAAAUGUUGAUGUUUGUAUCAGAAAAUAACUCUGCACAGAAAAUGAGGAAUUAAAAACACAAAUAUUUGCAUGGUACAAGGUUGCAUGUGCGUGCCAUUGUGCAUGCAAGCGUGUGUGUGUGUGUGCUUGUCUCUACCUAAAGUCUGCGUGUUUGUGUACUUUGUAUGCAUUUCUGCACGGAAUCAAGUUGUUUGUCAAUGGAACUUAGUUGUUUGUACAUGUGUGUUUACUUUUGCACAUAUGUGUUAAUAUUGGUCUCAUAGAUUGAAGGAAUAGGAUCUGGAUAUCAAGAGGAACAAAAUGUAAAUGCACAGUGAUAUAUCGAAUAUGCAGUAACUACAAGCCACUGAUUAUUAUAUAAGCCAUCAAAUCAUCAGCUGCUCAGUUAUCAUGUAUGUUUGCAACAGGGUCUGAAGAUUUUGCACAACUAUAAUGUUUCCUACUGCUCAAGUUUCAGAACAAUCAUAGCAUUUUACACAUUUAUACUCCAAAAGCUGGCUUCAUAACAUUGCAGAUACAGAGAAUUGUUUUUAUUCCUAGGAUUUUUUUUCCAUGCAUCUGUUUGCUUUUCACAAGAUAUUAAUUUCAGGAGAAGUUACACGCUACAUUAUUCAUUCAUACUAUGGAUUGUGAUACCGAAUAUGUCAAACUGUGUUUAUCAUCAAACGUAAGAAGUAUUACUAUCAUCAUGUAUAGCUUAUUCUGUGAAAGCCUAAAUAAACUUCAGAUGAAGCUGAUGAACCUUCAGUCAUACACUGAUUUUGCUAUUAGUCUCUUUGAUUUCAGUUGGAAUGACUUUCAUGACUUUGCCUGCAAUCAAU